AUGACCCACUCGUGCUUCUCCCCAUGCUGCCAGCCCACCUGCUGUGAGUCCAGCUGCUGCCAGCCCUGCUGCCCCCCAACUUGCUGUCAAAACACUCGCUGCAGGACUGCCUGCUACAAACCUACUUGUGUGACCACCAGCUGCCAGCCCACCUGCUCUCAGUCCAGUUGCUACCAGCCCUGCUGCCCCCCAACUUGCUGUCAAACCACCUGCUGCAGGACCACCUGCUGCAAGCCUACUUGUGUGACCACCUGCUGUCAGCCCACCUGCUGUGGGUCUAGCAGCUAUGCACAAGGCUGCAGUGGGUCCAGCUGCUGCCAGCCUUGCUGCCCGCCAGCUUGCUGUGCACGCGUGUACUGCCACAGAACCUGCUACCACCCCACGUGCUACUGCCUGCCUGGGGGCCAAGCCCAGAGCUGUGGGUCCAGCUGCUGCCAGCCCUGCUGCCCCCCAACUUGCUGUCAAACCACCUGCUACAGGACCACCUGCUGCAAACCUACCGGUGUGACCACCUGCCGCAGCAAACCCUGCUGCCAGCCCACCUGCUGUGAGUCUAGCUGCUGCCAGCCCUGCUGCCCCCCAACUUACUGUCGAAACACCUGCUGCAGGACCAUCUGCUACAAACCUACUGGUGUGACCACCUGCCGCAGCAAACCCUGCUGCCAGCCCACCUGCUGUGGGUCCAGCAGAUAUGGACAAAGCUGCAGUGGGUCUAGCUGCUGCCAGCCAGCCUGCUGUGCACGUGUGUACUGCCACAGAACCUGCUACCACCCCACGUGCUACUGCCUGCCUGGGGGCCACCCCCAGAGCUGUGGAUCCAGCUGCCUCAAGCCUUGCUGCCACCCUGCCUGCUGUCGGACCACCUGCUGCCACCCCAGCUGUGUGUCCAGCUGCUGCCAGCCUCCCUGCUGCUGA